UAAAGUCUUUGUUCUAUCUCUUCUCUUAUUUUCUUUCUAUUUUGCCAGAAAAUCAAAAAAACAAAACAGCUUUUUUCUCAACUUCUCUCUUCUUGUGAUAACCCUAAUCUCUUCCUCUUCUUCGUUUAAGGAUAAGCGAAACCUUAGAAUUUUAAACCUUGUAAUCGCUGUUUUUUUUUUUCUUUCCUUCUUUCGCCAUCUAUGAAUCCAUCGCUACAUCGAUGCGGUUUCUAGGUUUUCUUGAAGAGAUUCGACAUUGAUAAAAUUUCCCAAGUUUUUUUUUUUUUUUUUUUUUUAUUGUGAUCUCUUGCUUUAAGAAAUCAAUGGCGAAAGGUACAGCCACUGGCGAAUCCGUGGUUCGUACAGGGUGUAAAAGGGAAUUGCAGUUUGUAUUGAAAUCUCAGUCUGAGAUCUGUGGAGGCGAGUCACUAGGUCGGACUCGUGGAAGCCGAAACUCGAAUGUCGAAUCUACAAGUUUGAAGAGUGGGAUUAAGAAGAUUCGUCUUAGUAAAGAUGAGGAAGAUGAAGAGGUUGUAGUAAUGUCUGAUACUGUUGGUGUUGUUGCUUUAGAAGAAGAUGAAGGUAAGAGUGACGUUGUUGAUGUUGAUGAGUCUAAGGUGUUGUGUAAUGACUCUGCUUUGGUUGAAUCUAUGAGUAAAAAUAAGGGGAGAGAAGAUAAUGUGGAGACUGAGAAGGGUUCACUGAAAGUUAUAGAGGCUGAGAAGGAAAGCUUGGGUGUGAUUGAUAGAGAAUUAGUUGUGGCAUGUCCUGCGGAUUUUAGUAUGUUGGAAAAAAUGGCUUCUAGAUCUUGCCAGGUUAAGUUGGAAAGAGGAGGUUUGGUCUAUGGUAAACCGUGCAAAAGGUUGACCCGGUCUAUGUUGAAGGUUGAGGGUAUUAAGCCAGAAGCUAAUAGUGCUGAUAACGAUCGUGUUAAUCCAGAAAAGGUUGUUAUAGAUAGCGGAGAUGAUUGUGUUGAUGUUUCUACCGUAGUGGCAUAUGAGAAGGAGGAGGAGCGUUGUGAGCAAAAUAAUGUGGAGAUAUGCCUCGGGCUUCCAAGUGGAUCAUCCCAACUUCUUGUUAAGAAGGGAGUGAGUGAUGCAGUAGAUAAGCCUUUGAGGAGGGUUACGAGGUCAUUGGUUAAACAAGAAGGUGAUUCAGAAAAUCCUGAUUUGGGGAAUUCUACUAAGCCAGCAGACUUGGGCGAGGUAGAUGUGAAUGCCAAUGAUGUCGAAAUAGUUGAUGUUCAAAGUCCUUCAGUUACAACUCACAAAAAGCGUGGAAGGCCCAGGAUAUUCUUAAGGAAUUUUCCAACUAAGCUGAAAGAAAUUUUUGAUUGUGGAAUACUUGAGGAACUAACUGUGUACUAUCUUCGAGAAGCAAAGUUGGGAGAGGCAGGGGCUAGAGGGCUUAAAGGAGUAAUAAAAGGAUCAGGCAUUUUGUGCUUUUGUAGUGCCUGCAAAGGAAUUCAAGUUGUGAGCCCUGGCAUGUUUGAGGUGCAUGCUUCUAGCACAAACAAGCGCCCACCUGAAUAUAUCUUACUGGAGUCUGGAUUCACAAUUCGUGAUGUCAUGAAUGCAUGCAAGCAAAAUCCCUUGGCUACACUAGAAGAAAAACUUCGUGCGGUAGUUGGACCAACUUUAAGGAAAUCUAGCCUGUGUUUGAAUUGCCAAGGUCCAAUGGUUGAGCCCUGUGAUACAAACUCAUUAGUUUUGUGCAAAUCGUGUUUGGAGGCUAAGGAGUUAGAAAUCUAUAACAGUCCUUCUAAAGCAAAUGAUGCUCUUAACGGUUCGUCUAGGCCAAGUGUGACUCCAAAAACUAUCCUUAGUGGGUCAAAAUCCAUUCCUCGCCAAAGUAACAGGUCACCCGAGCCAGGUGUGGUUCCAGGAACUAUUCUGAGCGAGUCAAAAUCCAGUUCAAUCAAAAGCAACAGCCAAGGGAGACUAACCAGAAAGGAUGUGCGGCUGCACAAACUUGUUUUUGAGGAUGAUAUACUGCCAGAUGGUACCGAAGUGGGUUAUUUCGUUGCUGGAAAGAAAUUGCUUGUUGGCUAUAAGAAAGGAUUUGGGAUACAUUGUUCUUGUUGCAACAAAGUGGUCAGUCCUUCAUUGUUUGAGGCCCAUGCUGGCUGUGCAAGUCGUCGGAAGCCAUUUCAGCACAUUUAUACAACCAAUGGGGUCUCUCUUCAUGAACUAUCAGUAGCACUAUCCAUGGACCAGAGGUUUUCCAUCCGUGAAAAUGAUGACCUUUGCAGUAUCUGUAGAGAUGGAGGCGAGCUCUUAUGUUGUGAUACCUGUCCAAGAUCAUAUCAUACAGUAUGUGCUUCUCUCCCAAGCCUUCCGAGUGAGAGGUGGUCCUGCAAAUAUUGUGUGAAUAUGGUUGAAAGAGAGAAGUUCGUGGAUAGCAAUCGCAAUGCCAUUGCAGCUGGGAGAGUUCAGGGAGUUGAUGCAAUUGCUGAGAUAACCAAAAGAUGCAUUCGAAUAGUCAGCUCCUUUGAGAGCGAGCUCCCAAGUGUAUGCGUGUUGUGCAGAGGUCAUAGUUUUUGCAGGUUGGGCUUUAAUUCUCGCACUGUGAUUAUCUGUGAUCAGUGUGAAAAGGAAUUCCAUGUUGGCUGUUUGAAAGAACAUAACAUUGCUGAUCUCAAGGAACUACCUGAAGAAAGAUGGUUCUGUUCCCUCGGGUGCGAAAAUAUCAACACUACAUUGGGCAAUCUGAUAGUUCGCGGAGAAGAGAAGCUUAGUAACAACAUUCUGAAUUUUAUAAAGAAAAAGGAAAAACUUAAUGAAGAAGGAUGUUCAGAUGACAACACCACUCUAGACAUAAGAUGGAGUGUCCUUAGUGGGAAGUUGGCCUCUUCGGAUGAUACAAAAGUAUUGCUUGCAAAGGCAGUUUCCAUCCUUCAUGAGCGGUUUGAUCCUAUCAGUGAAUCUGGAACCAGAGGAGAUCUCAUACCAGCCAUGGUGUACGGAAGGCAAACAAAGGGCCAAGAUUUUAGUGGCAUGUACUGCACCAUGCUGGCUGUGGAUGAAGUGAUUGUUUCAGUGGGAGUCUUUAGAGUUUUUGGGUCAGAAUUUGCGGAACUCCCUCUAGUUGCUACCAGCAAAGAUUGUCAAGGGCAGGGUUACUUCCAAUGCCUGUUUGCUUGCAUAGAGAGACUACUCGGGUUCCUAAACGUGAAACAUAUCGUGCUACCAGCAGCAGAUGAAGCCAAAUCCAUAUGGACUGACAAAUUUGGUUUCACCAAGAUGACUGAAGAGGAGGUGAAGGAAUGCAGAAAAGACUACUCGGUGAUGUAUUUUCAUGGAACAUCUAUGUUGAGAAAGAGUGUCCCUGAACCAACAACAACAGCCGUGAGUAAACCCGAGGACAAUAAUAUGAAGGAGUAAAGCCUGAAGGUUGUCUUUGUUGUUUUUGGUUUUGGAAGUCGGUGAAACGAAUGGGUAUUUUUAUCUUUAAUCUAGUUUUCGGGUAGUAGUAGCCUUUAGUGUACAGGUUUUUCCCCCUAAUGUGUCUCAAGAUGCACACAAAAAGGGUAAGAGAAUUUGGUUUUGGUAGGAGGGGUAAGAACAUUGGGCAUUCUUUUUGGUUUUUGGGGUUUAGUAUUUUGAUUAAAAUUUUAUGUGUAGCUAAUUUUUUUGUAACU